AUGACAGAAUUUCGGCGAAAGGUGAUGUUCGGCAUUGCAGUACAGGACUAUUCCUCCAUGAAUGAUGCACAACAAGAGUUGGGCAACUCCAUUCAGGAUGGAUGGGAACGGUUGCAAAACCCUGGGAAUGACUGUGACGCAGUUUGCCAGUGCUUCAAAGAUGCAGGCUAUGGAGUCAUAGAAGGUCACAAGCACGACAUCCAGAGAUCACAGGAUUUUCGUACCCACGUGAAGGAGCCAUUGUGGAAAGCUGUCAGUCCAACAACAGAGCUGAUAGCAGGCUACGUGGCCUUACAUGGAAGUGAGGACAAGGAUGGCGAUUUGUCCUUGUGGUGGGGUUCAUGCAUGGGACCAAGCGACAACACCACCGGGGAGAAAGGCAUGAAGCUCAAGGACUUGUUGAAUAUGUUGCUUGAACUUCCCAGCGCAGAAGAUGCCUCGGUGUAUCUCUUUCUGGACAUGUGUCGCAGCAAGACAUCCACGCUUGUUGCGGAAAGCCAAGCCGGACAUGUCGCCCGUUUGCGGAAGCAGUUCCAGCGCACAAUCACUCUGGUAUUUGCAUGCGCUUCAGGACAGCAAGUAGAAGAUGGGCAAGGUGCCCCCAAUAGCCCCUUUGCAACAAAUUUGAUUUACCUGCUGGGCAAACCUGUGGAGUAUUCAAUUGAUGAACUCUACAGGCAACUGCACACAGCAGUCAGCUCCCACACCAAAAUCGAGUCAAAGGGCCUUCGCUCGCAGCAGGUUACGCUCACUCGCAUGGCACCUGAACACCACAAGUUAUCCAUGGAAUCUCCAGAGUCUCUUGUGCGGAGCAACAAACAUGCCAUAUUGGCUGGUGUGCCACCAGCAAAUGAAAGCUUCACUGGCAGGUUGGAUGAGUUGGAUAGAGUGAAAGCAAAGUUUAACUCUGCAGGAGAAUGUGCGAUUGUGCAGACCCGUGCAAUCACCGGGCUCGGUGGAGUUGGCAAAACUCAGCUUGCCAAAGCAUUUGCGCACCGACGCCAAGCAGAGUAUGACGUGAUACUUUGGGUCGAUGCAGAACGGGAUGUGGCAACGAGUUUCCGUGAAAGUGCUUCAGUGCUGGUGGAACUCGGGCCAGAACUCACACCUGCACAAGUUAAAGCCAAGCUGGAGGACUUUCUACAAGGAAAGAAAUGGCUCAUAGUAUUCGACAAUGUGGAGCACGAAAAUGACAUUCGAAGGUUCCGCCCCAAUGGCGGUGGUCAUGUCUUGAUCACAUCUCGAUAUCAGUUUUGGGAUGCUCGCACAUCCCUGGAGUUGGGGAAGCUUGCUAGGAUCGAUUCCACUCUCCUUCUCUUUCGCAAUAUUUUCCGAGAAGGGGACCUUGUGACUGCACGAUGCGAAGCACAAAAGUAUCAUGACUGGUGCCAGCUAGACCGCAUGGAACGUGAACCCAACCCUCCGACGUCAGUGCCUCCGAAUAUCCAAGACUGCUGGGAUUUGGCAAAUCUUCUCGAUGACUUUCCACUUGCUCUCGUUCAGGCAAGUGGCGCCAUCUGGUUUUUUCAUUUCAGCAUUGGCGACUAUUGCGAGAAGUACAAGAGGGAGUACGACCGCCUGCAAAAAGAAGAGGACAAUCUCACAGAACGAGACAAGGCCAGCCCAAAGCCCAACGCCAUUCUAACACCAGCACCCUGCAGCGGCAGCUUGCAGCAGCGGCACUUUGCAGCGGCCAGCUCCAAACCCCGCAGUGGCACCGACAACCACCACUUCAACAGCAUGCAGCAGCACCAGCAGGGAGCGGCGGCGGAGGAGGCGAAGGAGGAGGCGAAGGAUGGCUAUAGUCGCUCCGUGCAUGCAACUUUGACCAUCAUUUUGGCCAAACUCUCAGAGGAGCCAGAACGCGUCUUGCGCGCGGUUUCGUGGCUGGAUGCUGCAGUCAUUCCCUAA